UAAAGAGGGAACGUGUAACAGUGGGACUCAAACCAGGAGCGUAAUCAAAGCUCUGAAACAAGCGUCUACUUUUGCUGAAUAACAUUCAAGAAUAAUGAAGACCCUGCUUGUGGCUCUCCUUCUUGCCAUGCUGUUGAUGAGUGGUUCUGCCCUGAAAUGUAACCGCUGUGUUCCGCGUCCUGGGGGCCGUUGCACUACCACCACGGAAACCUGCAGCUUUAACCAAGACGCCUGUGUCUCUGGCAUGUUCACCAGAUUCCCCUUUACCUAUUUCAAGAGGUGCAUCAAAUUGUCUGAAUGCCUCAUCAUGCAGCGCACUUCUUACAUCAAUGCCCGCUGCUGUCAAAGUGACCGUUGCAACUAGGUCACAGAGAGUGGAUCACAAUUGAAAUGGCAAACAGAAAAUUCAUCAAGUAUUAAAUCAUAAGUAAUAAUACAUCAUUUAGUAAUAAAAUCUGAUCUGCUUACGAUUCAAA